AUGGUGCUCUCCGACUGGAACCUUAAUUUUGGUGCUGGCGGCCGUCUUCUCGGGCGUGCGCAGCUCGUGUCCGCCGAUUCCAAGUUUGCCAUUGUUCCCUUCAAGUCACAGAUCAAAGUUUACUCCUUGGCCACCCGUCAGUCAGUGCGUAGCAUUAGACUCGAUCUCGAUCUUUCUCUGGUGGUGGAUGCUGCGUUCAGCACACAAGAUCCAAACCUUUUGUACUUGUUUACGAGGACUAACACUAUGGUUGUUGUCAACUGGAGAGAAAAGCUGGCUUCGCCGGUGGUUGCCACCUAUACCUUACAGCUACCUGCCGAAAUCGUGAGAUUUGUGCGAUUUGGAGCCUCUGAGAACGAGUUCUAUUUCAUCAUUGGGAAAUCUACCACCAAAAAUCAACCACACAGCCGCACUUUGUUGAAAUCCACUAUUGACUCUCAAACUCAAGAGAUAUCGACUCUAAAAAACGUGGUGCUUUUUGCCAUGUCUGUUGAUAGAAGCACGCUUGCAUACCUCACAAAUAAAAAUCAGUUGUAUUUCCAGUCCGGAGACGGUCCCCUGGAGAUGAUUCAAUUUGCUUACAAGACGCCUAUUACCUCGUUGGCCGUCUCUAAUGCACAGACCCCGAUGAUCGCUCUGGGAACCUCGUCAGGUAUUAUCCAGCUUAUUUACGUUUCAGAUAACACCAAACCCCAACGGCUGCUCAAGUGGCACAUUGGCCAGGUCAACUGUGUUGAAUUCAGUACAGACGGCACUUAUCUGCUAUCUGGAGGUCAAGAAAAAGUUCUUGUCUUUUGGCACCUGGAAUCGGAUAACCAGCAGUUCCUUCCUCGUUUGAAUGGAGAAAUUGUGGACAUCGAGCUUUCUGCCUCAACAGAAGAAUUGUACGGUGUCAGUUUACUUUUGAACGGCUCCGAUAGAGAAUUUUUGGUUUUGAGUGCGGUGGAUUUGACUUCCAGGUUGAACGUCAAUGGGGUACGUCCAAGGUUUGUAACCGAUGUUGAGACCAUUGAAAAAGACCGUCGGCGACUGGCAAAGAACAGCGUCGUGUUGGAAGAGGAUAAUUUGACGAAAAUCAAACACGACUUCUCGUCUCACUUUGAGGUCCAUCCUGUUUCCAGCCAUUGCUACUUCCCAUAUGGAGCACAUUUACAGUCGUACGAUUUUGUCAGGAAUGAGCAAAUCUCCGUGAUCACUGCCGCACCAACAAUCCAGGCAGGUAAAGUCCGGAGCGAGACAUCAAUUCAGGAUCCAGAAAUUGAGCAGCUUGCAUUCAGUCACGACGGAAAAUGGAUGUGCACAUUCGACAAACUCCAGCCUCCAGAAAUUGACAAUCUUCUUUCUCGCAACGACGUCCAAUACGCCCUGAAAUUCUGGAACUAUGUGGAUGGUAAAGAUCGAGGUGGCUGGUCAUUGUCGACAAAAAUCAUCGAUCCUCAUGGACCAGGAGUCGAUGUGGUGGCCGUGGCUCCAGCCCCACAAUCUUACAACGAUGGUCUUGCUUUCGUAACUGCCGAUGUCAAGGGUGGCCUGCGUCUCUGGAGACCACGGGUGCCAAAGGAAAUAUACCAAAAAGUUGGAAAGGACAAGAAACUACAACAAACCGCAUGGACUCUACGUAAAGUACGCAACGGAAAUGAGCGCACUGAUGUCCAAAGUAUUAGCAUCUGCUGGUCCCCAGACGCAUCGGUGAUUGCUAUUGGCCAGGAGGUGAGCAUUAGCCUCAUUGACGUGAACACGUUUGAAGAGACACCAGUUCAAAUCCCAUCUAUCGCUGGCUCCAGGGUGCGGUGUCUGAACAUUAUAGAUAAAUAUCUGGUGAUACUUGCCAGAGACAGAUUGGUUUCAUUUGAUCUGCUCACUUUCCAGACCACAGACCUUGCCGUGAAAGUCCACACACAGCCCGGAAGUCGCAAUCUGCUGGCUGUUGACCAAAACAGAGGAGUUUUCUGUGUUUGCGUGAAUUAUUACUCAAAGACCUAUAAUUUGAGAUCACGAAUUUUUGUGUUUGAGCCAGCAAAAUUACAACCGCUUUACGUUUCCGACCACGACACCGGUAUAUCUAGUGUGAGGUUUGCCUCUGGAAUGUCGUCUUUUGUCAUCGUUGAUACGGACUCGCGCAUAGGAAUUUUGGGAGCAGGAGUUUCUUCUUUGCAAGAGCAGAGAGAGCUUGACCGCGCGUACGAACUCAGCACCCUUCUCAGCAACGCCAAACAAAUGGCUUCCAUUAGGAAAACCGAGUCGGAAGCGGAGAACGAGAGAAAAGUGCUUAACUCGCAAAUUUUCGAGCCGAUCCUCGAUAAUUUGGAGGGACUUCCUCUCGAGGCCUUAUUUGAUAGAGUGAUGAAAAUAAUUGUGUAA